CGUCCGCGCCCUGCCAUCAAUUCUCUAUUACUAAUUGUUCUCCCUCCAUUUAAAUGACCUUUUACUUCCUGCUCCGUCUAUUUUCCACUUAGAUUCGCUUAGUUCCAAGUCCCGCUGUGUCUUGAGUCCGCUAUGCAUUCUUUCGACGCACUACAUACGUCUACGGCGUAUGCCAUUUGCCUCGCGAUUCUCUGGCUUCUCUUGACUAUUGUCCUCCGCUCGUUUUUCCAUCCCCUGCGCAGCUAUCCAGGGCCAAUUUUCGGGAGGAUCACAGAUGCCUAUGGUGGUUAUUUCGCUCUUGGGAAGCGUCUUCACCUUACAACAUAUGAGAAUUUCCAGAAAUAUGGACCUGUGGUUCGACAGGCGCCAAAUCGCCUUGUAUUCAAUACAGUAGAAGCUUUAUAUGACAUCUACCUUAAUUCAAGAGUAACGAAAGGACAUUCGUAUACGAAGUCCCAGCUCAGAGCGAGGUAUCCUAGUAUUAUCAAUGUCAUUGAUAAGGAUCAACAUCGUAGAAAGCGCAAGCUUAUAGGGCAACCCCUCACAGAGCGCUCAAUGCGAAGUUUCGAACCCACAAUGGAAUCGGAGAUUGAUGUCUUCCUAAACCUACUUCUUGAAUCAGCCCAACCCGGCCACGUUGUUGACAUGACCGAGAGGUGUCAACGACUAGGCGUGGAUAUUGUCGGUUUACUAGCCUUUGGUUUCCCUCUUAAUACGCAGACUGACGAGAAGUUCCGAUUCAUACUUAACCUCAUGGACUCGAUGGCUUGGCGGAUUAGCACCUAUAUGCAACUUCCAGCCCUCGCACCCCUGGAGAAGGUUUUGGCUUGGCUUGGUGUAAGGCAGGUUCUUAGAUUCGGAACCGCUGUGCAGACUAUAAUACAAACGCGCAUGGCUCAAGAAAAGAAUGCUCAUCGCGAUCUUUAUUCCAUGGUCGCCGAUUAUAUCGGAAAAGGGCAGGAAGGUCUCUACAAGGAUGAAUUGUGGCCAGAGGCUAUUCUCUUCAUUACCGCAGGUGGUACUACAACCGCAACGACCAUGAGCGCCCUCUUCUUCUACCUUUCACGCAAUCCAAAGUGCUAUGCCAAAUUAGCCGCCGAGAUACGGUCAACCUUCGAGUCAUCCAACGACAUCCGUUCAGGCCCUCAAUUGAGCAGCUGCAAAUACCUCCGAGCAUGUAUCGACGAGACACUCCGCAUGUCGCCGCCUUCACUUACCACUCUCUGGAGGCAACAAGACACUAAAGACGACAGCGGAGAGCCGUUCGUCGUAGACGGCCAUGUGAUCCCGCACGGGACCCAAGUCGGAGUUAGUCUAUACUCGAUAAUGCACAACGAAGAGUACUUCCCCGACUCCUUUACCUUCAAGCCCGAGCGUUGGCUCGAUGACAGCAACGCGUCGGAGGUGGAUGGGGAGGGGGAGAAGGAAGACCGUGCGACCAUGCGCAAAGCCUUCACCCCGUUCCUUAUUGGCGAUCGCGCUUGCGCUGGUAAAUCUAUGGCUUAUAUGGAGGCGAGUCUAACGCUUGCACGGACUAUAUGGCUAUUUGACUUCGAAGUGGCACCGGGGAAGUCUGGUGAGGUCGGCGGGGGCAAGGCGGGUCGUACCGAUGGGAGAGGCCACCCGGGCGAGUAUCAGUUGGAAGAUAUCUUCGUCGCUGGCCAUCGAGGUCCGAAUUUGGUGUUCCGCGCAAGGGGCGGCCUCCAUAAAGCGCUCUAAAUAGUGUUGUACUACCGUGCUACUAGGGACGCAGCUGGGUCGUACCACGCACCCGAAGCUAGGGGAUCGCCCCCAUACAAAUG